UUUUAAUCACUGUGUGGUGAGGGGGGAAAGGAGCAUCCCCACACCCCCAUGUCCGGCUGUUGUGCAGAGUGGAUGCUGCUUGGCCAUGGAGCUGUUCUCUGUGUCCCGCUGAGUGGCCAUCUUGGUGAUCAGUGAAGCCAGCAUGUGUCAGUCGGAGAUGCCAGGGGCCGGACUGGGCCUCAACAGUCCGGACCCGCUUGUGAGAGAGGCUUACCUGAUGGCCCAUGACUACAUAGACUAUGUGAUCACAGGAGCCGAUGGCACCAUGGGCCCUGCCCCAACAGCCUGCACCACAGCCCUGCGUCACGCCGGGGACGAGCUCCUCACCCGCUUCCCCAUUUUCUUCAGGCGUUGGCCUCGCGUCUUCCAGGAUGUGACGGAGCACACGGCCUGCCCCACACUCAUGAGCAUCCUGGAUGAGCACUUCUUCUCCCCUGUCCCUGGGGCCCGCCGCAGGGACCUGGCCUGGAGCGCGGUGCUGUCGGUGUAUGUGCUGGCUGGCCAGAUGGCUCUGCACUGCCGGGACAGAGGCAUGGUGGAGGCCCUGCCCCAGCUGAAGGAGUGUGUGGGGGCCUACGUGGAGAGGGUCAUCUGCCCUGAGAUACGAGACAAGGGAGGAUGGAGUGGUUUCGUGUCCCGCUUUGGAGAGAAGCUGGGUUUGGAGAGCCAGGUGAAGAGGGUGUGCUGUUGGACGCUGCUGGCUUUGGCCAUGAGCAUUCUCAUCUACUGCCUCUGGAAGAGAGUGACUUAGCCAACACUGCCACCCAGUGAACACAGCCACUAGCUGUCCAGCAGCCAGGGAUGGAGGGAAAUGUCGGCAGGAUUUUAUAAAGCAGAACUCUGCCCAACCAGUCAAUAGCGGAUACACAUCAAUAUAAUUCACUUCACUGACAGUAUUCUCUGUUCAGCUGCUGCAGAUUUGUUGUAGUCUGUGACAUAAGAGCAUUUAAGCCAUUCCAACAGUCACAUGCUGGUGAAAACUGGUAGCUUUACAAGGUUGUUUGUGCUCUACAUGAACUUUGAUCUGGUAUGAGUCAGCUGUGUAAGUGUACUGUAGUUUGGAUUACACAGCAGACCAUCAUGCUCUGUAUUUCUGCUUCACUCAUGCUUUUAUUAAAGACACUUUCUGUUCAACCAUA